UGCCGUGGCGUUUGGAAUUCUAUCUCAGAUGCUGAUGAAUUUUGAUUUCCGACUUUCACACGGUGGUGGUGGCUGUAAGGGCCGAAACCUUUCGUCGAAGAUAUAUCAGGAGUUAAACACGCUACACCGACUACGCUAAGAUACAUCUCACAUUUUAACUUAGAUGAAUAAGAUGUUCCUCUUGUUCGAAGCCUCCAUGUCAUCCUAUGACUCACGCCAUGCGGAGACUGCCGCCGUCAAGAAAAGGCCGAGAAACCAGAGACUUAUUUGGAUGCUUAACCACCACCCAGGACUAUAUUUUCAGCUCCUGGAAAUUAUAAACUCCGUUAUCUCUACUGGCAAGUUUACCAUUAAAGCGCGCGAAAUUACAAUAGCAUUUCCAUCUGCGGCAGCAGCACAGCCUCCGCGUCCCAGGCUGCUACGAGGUGUUCCGGAUAUGGAGCCAUUGAAUCAACCAAGUCCACGCCAAAAAGAUGCGAUGAACACGGAGGCAUUCGAGUUAAAUGUGGAAUGCUUGACUGGUAGUUCGGAUGCGUUCUUCUCGUAUUUUGAUGUUAAUAAGCUGGCAGGUUUGGACCAAGCGGGAACCGAACUAUUGACGGGAAUUUUCUUAACUUUAUCAUCAGAUACACUCGCUAAUUUGAGCAAUUGCUCACUUCUGUCCGCCCCGGAGUUUAAGCUUCUUUCUUUCCGAUGAAUUUACCGGAAGAAUUUGAUGGUGAGAGUGGGCACCUUAGCGAGGGCAAUCCGGGCUCGCUGGAUGCUCUGUGGCUUGGUUUAGGUCUUCUCGGAGAACAGUUCUUGAUGGGAGUCAAACAAAAACGUUCUUGCUCAUCUGUUUCACUCUCGCUUUUAAUGUACAUAUACCGUGAGCGUUCUUUGAAACUGAUGUCAUCAGUGAUAUUCGUCCAUGGCAGGGCAACUUAAUCAGAUAAUCGAAGGCAGUUGGUAUUGGCAACCUCUAAUGUGAUACAGAUGAU